AUGGCACAAGAAAGUUUUAUAGCAAGAGAAUUUGUUCCGAAACGUUUAGCUUUUUGGAUAUUUUGGUUUGGAACUCAUAUAGGAUUAUUCAUUUAUGGUUUCCUUAAACAAAAAAAUGAUCGCGAACUUGAUAAUUUAAAUGCCAUUGGACUUUCUGUCUGGACUUCUCGUGGAGCUGGUCUUUGUUUAGCUUAUGAUGGUGCUUUAAUUUUAUUACCUGUUUGUAGAAAUUUAAUAAAACGUUUUAGAUCAUUUAGAUUUUUAAAUAAGAUUAUUCCAUUCGAUGAAAAUAUUUGGUUUCAUCGUCAAACUGCUUAUGCUAUGCUCUUCUUUACUUUAAUACACACCUUUGCUCAUUAUAUUAAUUUCUGGAAAUUAGAGCAAUUAGGAUUAAAAUCUGCUUGGUCAAUUCAUUAUACAACUUGGGGUGGAGUAACUGGUCAUAUUAUGUUAUUAUUAAUGGUUUUAAUGUAUACUUCAGCUCAUACUAAAAUGCGUAAUCAAUCUUUUGAAACUUUUUGGUAUACCCAUCAUUUGGCUUUGUUCUUUAUGUUAUGUCUUUAUUUUCAUGGAUAUGGAUGUUUUGUAAAAUCUGCCGAAGGAAAAUGUAAAGGAUAUCGCUCUUGGAGAUUUACCGUGGUAUCUGGAAGUAUUUACUUCAUGGAACGUAUUUUACGAGAAAUUAGAGCUCGACAAGAAACUCGAAUGACAAAAGUUAUAUCUCAUCCAUCAAGAGCAAUUGAAAUUCAAUUUAAGAAACCUUCUUUCAGUUAUAAAGCUGGUCAAUAUUUAUUCUUAAAUAUACCCGCAAUAUCUUAUUGGCAAUGGCACCCUUUUACCAUUACUUCAGCCCCAGAUGAUCCUUUCGUUUCAGUACACGUUCGUCAAGUUGGAGAUUUUACUAAUAAAUUAGCCGAAUUAUUAGGAUGUGAUGGUGAAAAAGGAAUUCCUUUAUCAAUGAAUUUACCUAGUUUAAGAGUUGAUGGAUCUUAUGGGGCACCAGCAGAAGAUGUAUUUAGUAAUGAAAUUGCUAUAUUGGUUGGUUGUGGAAUUGGUGUUACGCCUUUUGCUUCGAUCUUGAAAAACAUUUGGUAUCAACAUAAAAAUGGAAAACCUUCCAAAUUAAAACGCGUCGAAUUAUUUUGGAUUUGUCGAGACAUUAGUUCAUUCGAAUGGUUUCAAUCAUUAUUGAAAGAAUUAGAAUCCACUCAAAUGCAACAAGGAUUUUUGAAAUUUCAUAUUUAUCUAACUUCCAAACUUCGUGAAUCCACUAUUCAAAAUAUUAUAAUAAAUGAUGUUAGUGGUUCUUGUGAUCCUUUGACUGAUCUCGAAUCAAGAACUCAUUAUGGUAGGCCUAAUUUCGGUGAAAUAUUUAAUCGACUAAAAGCAGCCAUUGAAAAUGGAAAAUAUUUACCCGGUAAAGAAAGAGAUUUAGAAACUAAAGUUGGGAUUUAUUAUUGUGGUCCACCUGUAUUAGCUAAAAAAUUAAGACGUGAAUGUAAAGAAGCUAAUACUGCUGGAAUUAGUUUUAAUUUUUAUAAAGAACAUUUCUAA